UGCUGAAACACAUGUAUGAAGUUUUUACAUUGGAUGCGGUUGGAAAAGUAAUUUAACAGCUAGCCUGUUCAUAUCAGUUUGAAUUUUUUUUUAUAUCAUAACAUAGCAGAUCUGUUUUUAGGUGACUGGUCAUGAAAAUGAAGGGGACGUUAAUCCUUCUCGGUAUGUUGACCAUGACAACCUUGGGCUGGAGGUAUCAUCACUCAGACACAAAAAUGAACUGGGCCGAGGCCCGACAGUGGUGCCAGACCAAUUACACGGACAUGGUGGUCAUCCAAAACCAGAAAGAGAACGACUAUCUGGUCUCCCAGCUGCCAAAAAGAGAAAGAACUCCAUAUUAUUGGAUUGGGAUCACUAAAAAAAACAAGAAUGACCCUUGGACCUGGAUUGGAAAUAACAGCACGUGGAUUGGUGAGAAGUCGUGGGCAGCGAACGAGCCCAACAACAACCACAUCGGGGAGUUUUGCGUGGAGCUCUACGUGAAUGGAGGAGAAAACAGUGGGAAGUGGAAUGAUGAGAAGUGUGCCAAUCAAAAAUACCCUGUUUGUUUCGAAGCCCAAUGCAAGGCAACAACAUGUGAAAGAGGAAUAUGCCAGGAGACCAUCGAUAACACAAGCUGCGUCUGUGAACAUGGUUUUGAGGGAGACAGGUGCCAAACAGCGAAGGAAUGCCCCCCCCUGUCUCAGCCCGAUACUGGACACCGUAGCUGCUUGAGGGGAAAGCUGACGUCCAACUCAACCUGUGGACUGAAAUGCUACCUGGGCUUCCUGAUAACGGGACUGCAGGAUUUUACCUGCAAUGUCACCGGGGACUGGAGUGGGCCGAGACCUCAUUGUGCAAUCUAUGAACAGGUUAUGUUUGCUGUUGCUGGGUUUGCAGCCUUUUCAGUCUUCUCCUGCCUCUGUUUUUGCUGCAUACGGCGCAGAAAAAGAAAUAAACCUUCCCAAGUAAGAGAGCCUGAAGAAGCGACAGGUCCAUCCAAUGAGGCACAUGGAUAGCGUACAACUGGGACCUAAUUUAUAUCCACUAUAUGUUAUAUAUCUAUAAUGACCCCAAUGCAGUUACUCGUAUUCAUUUUAGUACAUUGAUUUUAAAUUAACCUAAAACGCCACUCGCUGCUCAAUCGGUGUUCCACAGUUUAUUGCUUUGUCUAAAUCACUGCAUGUUAAAGCUUCAUUGGGUUAGGCUGCAUGGAUGUAAAUGUAUGUGAUGGUUCAUUGCAUUUGCAUGCAAGUGUAAAAUGAUUUAACAACAUCAGAGGUGAAUUUCUGUGAUAUAAUUGUUUCAUUAAAUAAAAUAAAUGUAAAAUGUGUGUAGUGGA